AUGCCAUUGUUCGUAAAACGCCAUCGAGAUGAUUUGCUUUGCUUUCCAAUUAGAUAUAUUCGUUUUACCACUUUUCCUUCGUCCUUUGUCCGUCUUACAUUGAAGUGCUUUAAUCCAGAUUAUAUAAGCCCGAUCUACCGUAUUGGGAAUAUGAUAAACAUCAACGAUUAUCAACAACCCUGGAGUAAAAGAACGUCCGAAGACUUCAAGAGAAGCUUUUACUAUGUUAAAGGAUUCAUUGAACUGGUCUUUGCUUGGCAUUACGCUUUCUUUGUUAGUCGAGUAACUCCUCUAGCGCUAUCCCGAUAUUACACGAUGCCCAGAAAGAGGCCGCGUAAUGGCUGCUUGCAGGUUCUUCAAGGGUGCGGAACGAUCUCAAGUUUUGUUGGUGGAUCGCUAGCGAUUGUUAUGUUGUGCAAAAGUCAAAAUCAGCCGUGUUUUAAUAAGCCUGCACUGAUCGUCCUGACUAGUGGACUUUUUGCCAACGGCCUGUCCCAACUCGCCCUUGCCAUCACAGAGCUGGAAUCGCUGGGGCUACUUUUGAUCGUGCCACAGCUGCUCUGUUUGGGGUCUGCUAUUUGGUACGUCAAACAUCUUCUGGAAUGCCUCCCGAAUUCCAAGCUUUCUUCGCUUGAGUUACAUCUGGCGAUCGCGCAUCUUGGAUUACUUUUGACUGCUAUGCUUGUCAGCACUUUCCCAUUAUCUCUCGGCUGCGCUAAAAAAGAUGAACAGGAAGGCGAAGCCGCGAUUAUGGACAUGGAGAAUUCCACCCCUGAUCUAAGUAUUGACGAACACGAACAUUCCAUGCACAGAACUGUAGCCAUGAAAAACUCAGCUCAAACGCUCACCCCCGAUCACGAUUACUCAACGAAUGUUAAAGCACAACAAAAUUGGAUGAACAAAUACCCGUCCACCUAUUCUAGUUCUGAUUGUGUGUCAACAAGCUCAGUACUCAAGCAUAACUUAGAACUGCAAUCUGCCCAAAUGCCGGCGCACAUUCAAGAUACCAACCCAAAUGCAUCAACUACAAUAAAGUCUCCUUCUAAAACACCAAAAAAGUCUAAAAUCGAUGUUUUCGCCAGGAUGAGAUCUAAAAGUAAAUCAAGCAAGAGCUCGCCAGAACAGAAUGUUGUUCACAUGGCGGAUGAUCUUCAAGCGCGUUACGUAACAAGACUGUCUACCAUCCACGAUAGCUCUAAAAGUUUCAUCAACCUUGCGCAUAAUUCACUUCACUUAGACAACUGCUCUAAGAGCGACCGUUCAAGUUUUGUAUUCAAUGAUGUACAGAGACAUGAUAAAGGCACCGAGGUAGCUCUCAUGAUGGAAAAGAAUGCCGUGCACAGAAUAAAUAGUGCUCUUCUGCCACCGUCUCUGCGAGUCUGCGACAGCAGUGCUAGAGUAGGAUCUGAGUUUAGUGGAAGCGAGUGUACGCCAUUAUCAAGCGCAGCUGAUGAUGACGACGGUGAUAUAUUGAUGGAAAACGAUCUAGAAGAUAUCCCACAUAUCCCCAGUGGUCAAGUGUAUAGUGGUAAAGAGAUGGAUUAUGACGAUACCCCCAAGAUGAUGAAGAAUGUCAGUCUAGAGGACUGGCAAAUAAAUGGCCGUAAGUUAAUACAAAACGAGCACAGCCUAAUCGGAGAGAAUCCAAAGUUGUUACCAAGCUUCGAAUUUAAACCUAAGGUCGAGCUACGAUCUAACGAGGAUUUCAGUUUUCCGCUUGCGAAACCAACUCUCAAUUUCGAAAGUGUGCUCGAGCACGAGCAUGCCGAUGCUGUUAGCGAACUAGACACUCUACUCAAACAAAAAGAUAUGGACGUGGUCAAAAACGGCGAUGACACAGAUUUCAUGGUAAACGUACUAAAACAUGAAGAUUCAUCCGCCCGUUUGAGAAGGUUAUCAAAGGACCUGAGUCUCAAUAGCGGACCCCACUCGCCUACUAAGUCAAUGACUUCCAUUCUGUCUGGCUCUGCUGCAGGAAGUAUGAAAUCUCCAUAUAAACUUGGUACGGUUUUCACGAAUGCUGGUAAUUCGUGUGCUCCGAACCAAGCGGGUCAUUCAAGAUCAAACUCGCAGAUAACGACACUAUUCCAUUCGGUUGCCAAUUAUAGUGGAAUAAACCAUUCUACUCAGUCAUCCCCGACUAAGAGCAGUAGACUGCGAAGAAUGGGCAAAAAAGUAUCAUUGUCGAACAUAUCUUUCAAGCAUGAUGAGGAGGACGGUUCACACGGACAUGCAAGGGGCAACAGCAUCGAUUUCAGCUACUUACACACCCUACAAAAUAAGCAUUCGCCGUCCAAAUCUGUGUCGUCAAUAUCGAGACGCAAUAGUGCCAUUUUACCAGGUGAUCGAAAUUUACGAACGGUGAGCGCACUCUUUUCGUUGGCAAGCGAUAGAGAUCCCAAUAAGUCUUGCAAUAAUUUAGAUCGAACACUGCAAUAUGUCGAUACCGGUGUCGACCAGGCAGACCAAGGAAGCGCCUUAAGUUCUUCAUCAAGAAUAAGUGACACCAAUUACCCACAAGCUGUCAUCGGAGAGUACGACCGAGAAAAGUGGACUACCAUUCAACGUUUAUCGUUGAACGAGAAUGCCGCUGACGAGUGA